CGCGGUCAACAUGGUCGUGCACGUGGAUGAAGAAGGUGUUCUGAGUGCUCCUUACUUAUCGUUCUCUCUCACACUGGCUCGGUUCUUCCGCUCCCUAUCACUGACCAACACCUGGUUCACGACCAGCCGUGUGUUAUCCCAGCUGAAUAUUCUUGACGGAUACUCGAUUCCGCCUCCCAGCCCAAGUUCAGAGUCAUUAGACCUAGACCUAGAUUCACACGAGAUGGUGCAGAAAUACGGAGCGGUGCUCACAGUGGCGGCUGACGCAACCGCAGGUGAUAGCGAGCAAAGUGCGCUUCUUGCAGGGGACGCCACUCCUUCAGUGGUGCAGAGGGAUGGUCACGCGAGCAUGUUGAGCUCCGUGAGCAACCUCACAAAUACGAUCAUGGGCAGCGGUAUGCUCACCUUUCCUUUGGCUAUGGCCUCUUCUGGUAUCAUACCAGGAAUCCUCACGUGCAUAUUCUCUGGUUGUACUGGCGCCUUCGGUCUGUACCUACUCUCGUUAACGGCUAGAUACGCCCCGCAUAGAGGUAGCUCCUUUUUUGCGGUUGCUCAGCUUACAUUCCCGCAAGCUGCUAUAUUUUUCGAUGCUGCGAUAGCUAUCAAAUGCUUCGGAGUAUCUAUCAGCUACCUCAUCAUUAUCAAGUCGCUCAUUCCUAAUGUCGUGGAAUCAUUAUACCAUGAUUUGACUUCACCGGACACUUAUCCGCCUGCGUGGGCCCUAUCGGGUCGGAAUUGGAUAACGAUCAUUAUGUUAAUUCUCGUCCCUCUUUCAUCUCUCCGUCGUUUGGACAGCCUUAGACACACGAGUUACAUCGUCCUGUUUUCCGUCGUAUACCUUGUGGCUAUCGUCAUUAUAUGCUACUUUAAUCCGUUAGAAGUCUUCGCGUUCACGUGUGCUCAGAACCUGUUCCCCAUCUUCAAUGAACUGAAAACGAACUCUCAGCAGCGUAUGAAUCUCGUUAUUGGCACUUCCAUUGGUAGUGCUAUCAUGGUAUACGAGGUCAUCGCAUUAUUUGGCUAUUUGACCUUUGGUUCCAAUGUCGGCGCCAAUAUCAUCGCCAUGUAUCCCUCAACGUCAUUAUUUAUUGCUAUUGGACAAUUGGCCAUCGUCAUGCUUAUCAUGUUCUCGUACCCACUGCAAGUACAACCCUGCAGGAAUUGCUUGGACAAGAUUUUCCAUGUAGGAGCACCUACCAAGGUUCCUGGCAGUAAUGAUAACGAGGAGGAGGUUGUCGAUGAGGCGCAUGCUGUUUCUGACAUGUCCCUUUUCAAGCACACGCUGCUGACCGCUGCUAUCACUGGUAUCGGUUUCGUUAUUGCGUACUUCGUUGACGACCUUCAAAUGGUACUCUCCUUCGUUGGCACCACUGGAUCCACGACUAUUUCGUUUAUCCUUCCUGGGUUCCUGUUCUGGAAGAUCUCCCGAGAUGAUCCCAGCGCGAGCAGAACGCUCAACAAAGCUGCCCUCGCUUUAGCAGGGUAUGGGUGCUGUGUGUUUGUGUUCUGCUCGGGUUACAACAUCUACCGAAUCUUUAAUCCCUCGGAAGUUUCUUCUCACUGAAGAACCUGUAAAAUAUACGUACUAUCUUUGUUAGCUUAUGACAAUAUAAUUUUUUGCUUGUGGGCA